CGAUGAACUGUGUCGAAGCUCGUCGAGUCCCGAAUCAUUAAUGUACAGACGCUCCACUUCACUUGCUUGGACAGUUCGAUGCCUUUGCUUGUGCUUGCUGGAAAUUUGGCAAGCAACAGAUAACUAGUCGGAAUGUGGCGCGGCUCUUUUUCCUCAGCGCCUCGCUGAAGUGCAAUGUGUUCCGCUUCCGCAAUUUCCGAGCACCAUAAGAGAGGAGGAGGCAUGCGCGCCCUCCGCAUCCCCUCCUUCUCUCCGGUCGUCUUCCUCGUCUUCCCCUAGUUCACCAUUGCGCGCUGUAUGGCCCAAAAUACUGCUUCAAUACUUCUCUCAGGGCCGGAGGCCCCCCGAAAAAGGCGCAAUGAAUACCACCAGGGUUCGUGCCAGUCUUGCCACGCUAAUCAUCGAUGCUGUGACCGACAUUGGGGCGACGGCAACGCCAAGUGUUUACACUGUAGGAAAUUGGGGAUUCCAUGUGUCAAACGCGAACGCAAUUCUGGACCCCGUGAGCCUAGUUCGAAAAAUCAGGUCAAUGACGCUGGUGCUCCAACCAGUUCUGAACUUGUGCAUCCAGAUGCGGUGACGCAUCCCUUCGUCAUUCGAGGGGCUAUUCACCCGGCUGAAAUUCCCGCAGGGAACCCCAGCAGUCAGGAUCGUCGCGAUCGUCGUGAUCGACAACUUCGACAGCGUUAUUCUACCUCGACGACAUAUAAUGAGCCACAUGACAGCGAAAUAAUCCGGGGUAUUGCAUAUGCGAAUGAUCUUCUUCCUGGUAUUCUCUACGAGGGAGUAGCCGCAGAAGCUGCGAGGAAUACAAUGCUGUGCCGAGUCCUCCGCCUGGUUGGAGCGAGCUUCACGGGAGCGGACGAGUCUAGGAAGGGAGUACUUCUGGAUGAAGCCAAACUAGCCUAUGGUAUAGAGUCUGAUGGGCCCACUCUGGCCACUGUCAGCGCUGCAUCCCUCUUAGCAGUGUGGGUGUCCCAGUUGAAGCCCCUAUUCGCAGAAAAUUUGCUAGGCAAGUGGUUUUGCUUACUGUGUACACAUCGGCAUGUUGCUGAUAGAAUGCUGAUCACAUCAGACAAUGCCUAUGGUUGGUUAAGUUCGUACAAUAGGCGCGAACAACUGAUGAAUGUGCCUCCCCACAAGAUUCACCAACUCCUACUAGAGGUCUGGGCUCUUGUACGUUGCCGGACUGUGUCUUCGGUUCAUCCAUAGCUGAUGUUGUGCAACCUGACCUGUAGGCCAGCGACAGAGGGUUCGAGUUGCGGGUUCGCCGCAGCCCUGAAAGGACUCGACCCCC